CAACAUAUUGUAAAUACUGAACCUUUGGAUUCUAUCGGCGCAUUUUAGAUGCACCGAUGCAAUUGUGCAUUUACGCUAGAGACAAAUUUCAAGAUGUUUGAAUUCCAAAUCCCUGUGUCCCGAGACGACCUGCUAACCAAAACAAGUGUGAACCAAUACUCCGUGGAGGAGAUUCUGACACACAGACUAGUUCAAGGAGCUCUUCAAGAUUUUAAAUAUGCCAUCCGGUCCAACUCUUUUGCUGUCAUCGAUAAUUUUGACUCACUCUUCAGCAUCUUGUGUCUACAGAGGGAUCUUGAUGCUGCAGUGAAGGAGGAAACAUGGGACUGCUUGUUGAAAGCUACCCGUGGUGUAGCAAGUCAGGUGUCCAGUGUGGUGGAAGAGACCGGUAUUGACCCCGACACCCGUGCCCGCAACCUGAAUCUGGUCAAAAUGACUGUCUACCUCCUGUGUCAGUUCAUUGAGAUGUUUGAGACUGACUUCCACAAAGCUAAUGCUGUACAGAUCAACGUCACCAAGGGUCGAAAGUCCCAGAAGAAGCGUGUGGAUUCAGGAAUUGACUGGGAGCGUGAGCGAGAGAUGGGGGUACACGCCCUACUUCAGAUCAUACAGCUCAAUCUCCCAAAGCUCUGGGACCCACCCAUCCCAGAGGAGGAGUUCGUAAGUUUAGUGAGUAACACAUGCUACAAACUGCUGGAGAAUCCUGGAAUAUCCAAGGUGAAGGACACAAGGGAAACAAUUUCUCACAUUCUUGGCUGCCUGGUGAAGAGAUAUAACCAUGGUCUCGGAGCCAGUCUGAAAGUGAUCCAGCUGCUCCAGCAUUUCGAACACCUGGUCUCACCAUUGUCACUCACAGUGGAGAUGUUUGUCAACCAUUAUGGACUCCCUGGGAAAGAAAUCGGCCGCAUAGAUGCCCAGGACCUGAGCCGUGACACGUCUGGGACGAGGGCGUACUCGCUGUUCCUGGUGGAGUUGGCAGAGCGUGUGCCAGCAGUGAUGUUGCCGAACAUCAGUGUAUUGCUGUGUCACCUGGAUGGAGAUUCCUACUCGAUGCGGAAUGGAGUGUUGGGUGUGCUGGGUGAGAUUCUGCGGCGUGUGUUGUCAAAGGACGGCCUGGACGAUAACAUGAAGAAGGCCAGAGAUGGCUUCUUUGAUAAACUGGAGGAACAUAUUCAUGAUGUUCAUGCAUUUGUCAGAAGUAAAGUUCUGCAGAUCUGGUUGACAAUAGUCAAUGAAAAGUGUUUACCACUGCCACGCCAAGAGCACCUGGUUGCCAAGGUGAUUGGUCGGCUCCAAGACAAGUCCAGCCAGGUUCGGAGGUACGCCAUCCAGCUGAUGACAGCCUUACUCAAGUGUAACCCCUUUGCUGCCAAGUUGCCGAUGGAGAAGUUGGAGUUGAACCAUCAGAAGGAAGUGGAGAAGCUGGCGGCCAUGAAGCCAGCAGAGCAUCUCCCACAGCCCAUCCCUGAUGACGUGCUGCAAGGCUUUGAGAGAGAGUGGUUGGCUGUUGAGGAGAAACUGCUUGCUGCCCUGGAUGAAGACAACAGCCAAGAGGACACACAGGACGAGGACAGCCAGGAGGACAUCAGUCAGGAAGACAUCACUGUUGCAAGUCAGCUGACAAGGAUCUACCACCUGUUGCUGGAAGGUCGGUACCUGUCCGCUGUGAAGGUCCUGUCGGCCACACAGCAGCAGUGGCCUGACCUUGCACCAAGGGGACACAACCAGGAGGGCGAUCAGACAACACAGACUGAUGAGGAUGGAGAGACAAGUCAGAGCGAAGAUGAUCAACAGAAAGAAGAGAAAGAUGGACAGGAAGAUGGUCACAGUGUCGACAAGCAUGAGGUAGAUCCUGUGUCGGAAACUGUCACGCAGCUGAAGGAGAUCUUCCUAGGCAACAAGAAGCUGGCCCACGUGUCUGCUACCCCUGUUGAGGGUGAGGGAGAUGCUGCCAGCGAGGUGUGCAAGCAGCAGGUGCUUGUCCAGUACCUCAAGGACUCUCUGACCUUCGCCAAACAAGUUCAGACGUCUGUCCCCACCAUCUGCCAACUCCUGGGGUCUAAGAACACGUCUGAUGUAUUUGAGGCCAUUGAGUUCUUCGUGACAGGGUUUGAGUUUGGUGUGACGGCCACCAUGUUGGGGAUCAGGCGGAUGUUGACGCUGGUGUGGUCGAAGGAGUCCGGGGUGAAAGAGGCGGUAGUGGCGGCGUACAAGAGACUGUACCUUAGUCCCCAGGGCGGGAACCAGAGGUCGAAAGCCCUGGCCAUCGUGACGAAUCUAACAGCCCUCACCAUCGGAGCAACAUUGGGUGACCUGACAUCACUGGAAGGGCUGGUUGUUGAGUUCAUCAAGAGCGGGGAGAUUGGGCCACCAGUGAUACAGAUGCUGUGGGAGAGGUUCACGUUGAAGGUGCCGAACACGACGGCAUCAGACAGCCGUGCAGCGUUGCUGCUGCUCUCAAUGGCAGCUGGGUAUGACAACUUCAGUUUUUUACCUACGAGAUAUAUCCCCAGUCGGAGAUUCAACCAGCGGGCGGAGAUGGAAAUGGUGAAGAGUAACAUUGAGGUACUGAUCAAGGAAGGUUUGGGACCACGAGCUGAGGAUGACUUCCUGCUGGCCCAGAACGCCUGUCGUGCUCUCGUCAAACUGGGGUCUGUCAAGAAGAAUCGAGGAGAAACGGCAGCUGAGCCAUUCCGCCUACCACAGUCACAUGAGCUGUUCUCCAGACUGUCUCACCUGCUGGUGUCUGAGCAGACAACCUCACUGGAUUCCACUAUGCGAGUUGUCUGUGAAUCGCCAUCUACAAGCUGUCUGGAAUAUCCCUACUCUGUGGUGUGUGGGAGAGACAUCCUCAAGGGUUGGACUGAUCAGAAAACCAGGCACCUCUGUCUGCUCCUGUGUCUGGCGGGACACGUGGCCCUCAAGCAGCUGGUGCACCUAGAUGUGAGCGUGUUCGGGGAGGUGAAGCGACGGCUUGCUGUGCAGGAGGAACGCAAUAACAGGAAGUCCUCGGGGAAGAAGAACGAUGCAUCACUCUCGAAGACAAAGGACAGUGUGAUGACAGAGCAAGAGACAAUGGAGGAUGAGAUGGGGUUGGCUGGUGCGGCAGCCCGGAGGAUGCAGAGAGUGAAUACAUUCGCCAGCAUCUGUGAGAUGGAGAUUGUCACUGGAGCAGGCCUGCUGUCUGAGUUUGAGCCCCUGCUGGUGGCGGUGUGCAGUUCCCCAGGCAAGUACCCCGAUCUGCAGCUGCAGACUGCUGCAUCACUCGCACUUGCAAAGUUUAUGACAGUCAGCUCAGAGUUCUGUGAAAACCACCUGCAGCUCAUGUUUACAAUCCUGGAGAAAUCCCAGAGCCCAAUCAUCCGUGCCAACACAAUCAUUGCCCUUGGCGACCUGGCGUUCCGCUUCCCGAAUCUCAUUGAACCCUGGACGCCUCACCUCUACGGCAGACUGCGUGAUGAGUCGUCACAGGUGCGGAAGAAUACAUUGCAAGUUCUCACCCAUCUCAUCCUUAAUGACAUGGUGAAAGUCAAAGGUCAGAUCAGUGAACUGGCGUCAUGUAUUGUUGAUCAUGAUGAGCGAAUUGCCAACCUCGCCAAACUCUUCUUCCUGGAACUGUCUAAGAAGGGUAAUGCUGUAUACAAUGUCAUGCCUGAUAUAAUCAGCCGCCUCUCGGACCCCGACAUCGGCGUGGAUGAAGAGAACUUCAACACAAUCAUGAAGUACUUGUUUGCGUUCAUCCAGAAGGACAAGCAGUGUGAGAGUCUGGUGGAGAAGAUAUGUCAUCGAUUCAGAGCUACACGUGUGGAGCGACAGUCAAGAGACCUGUCCUUCUGUUUGUCUAUGCUGUCCUACAAUGAAAAGAGUAUACGCAAACUUCAGGAGAACUUCUCCUGCUACUCCGACAAGCUGUCUGAUGAUGCUGUGUACAACUGCUUCCUCACCAUCAUCAACAAGGCAAGGACCUUUCAGAAACAAGAGGCCAAGACCAUUGUUGAUGAAAUUGAGGAACGAAUAGAACGGUGUCGCAACAAGGGGUUAGAGGAAGAUGAGAUCGCUCACAAAGCAAGCAAAGCAUCAGGGGCUGCUGCUUCACAGAAGUCGAAACACAAGACACCUGCCAAAACACCAGGGCGACGGCGACGCAACACAGGGAAGGAAAAUCGUGAGUUUGAUGAUAGCCCAACACCACAAAAACGACAACUGAAGAAAAAAACGAAGGGAAAACCAAAACUGUCAUUCAGUUCUGAUGAAGAGAGUGAUGUGGAGCUGUUCAGUGUGAAAGAUGGUGGCGAUGGGUCGGAGGCAGAGGAUGACAUUGAUGACACGUUCUCCGCUAAGAGUCCGGUGAACAAGCGCAGCAAGGGUGGAAAAGUGAAGCUGACGCCUCGACAGAGAGGAAUGAGAGUACUGAACACAUCGGAAUAGCCUACUGACUUGCUCUGUAUUGUUAAUAUAUCCCACUCAUGAAACACCACAGAUCCUUUAUCUACUCUGUCCUCUCUAUUGUCUGUUUUCUCCACACUUCUCUACACACCACAGAAUGAUGUGGUUCUGUUCAUAGUAGCCAGGGUAGGAAAACAAACCAUUCCUGAGCUCAAACAUGUUCAGAAGAAAUAUCAUAGUUUAGUAUGCAACUGAACUGAAGGACUAUGUUUUUAGAUGCCAAUCUGCUCAGAAAUACUAUAACACUCUCAGGCUUUUUGUUAAGAACACAAGUUCCACAAAGGGUAUGAUUUAUUCCAAUUAGAAGCACAGCAGGUUUUCUGCAGUGAAAUCUUUAAUCCAAUUACUUCCAAUCUCUGGAAUACUGUAUUCACUAAAAUAAGCACCCACUGACCAAGUUUUUGACAGACUUGUAAAACAUGGCAGUUUGUAUUUUUUUGUGUACAAUGUACAUUCAGCUCAAUUUUUUGGCAAAUGUUUUAGUUUCAUCUUUACCAUUAUUAGGCCAGACCAAUUUUAUUUCUUGUUUUAUGGAUUUUUGUCCUCCGAAAACCUAAAGGCCCUAUAAGAACAUAAGGAUUUUAUUUUUUGAGCAGGGAAAUUUAAAAAAAAAUUUUUUUCUUAUUCUUAAAAAAAUAUGACCAGCGGAUCCGUAAAACAAGAAAUAAAUUUGGUCUGGCCUCAGAUAUAUUUUUAUCAGGAUCCCUCCUUGUCAUGUUAGUCGAAUCCCGGGGUCCCUAUUAACAGGAAUGUGGUUAUGUCCAUUUCAAUACUGGCAGGUAUCACCAGCUGUGGAGACAAGCAGUUUAUCUGCGUGUUGACAAAAAUGUUGUUAAUGAAAAAUUCAUUUCUGUUUCAAAAUAGUUAAUGUCACUUAUUAUUUUUCAUUAUUUUUAUUCAAGAUGUCCAUUCACCAAAUUUAGUGGUUUAACUGCAUAAACAAAUGUGGCUUCUUCGUGAUCAAAAACAUUGUUGUGGACUUUGCUUCUGAAGCUGAUAACUCCAGCUUCCAUUGUUGCCUCUGUGUUACAUGAUUAAAUAACCAUUACCAUUCA